ACGUGGGCGUGAACUUCUGACGGAGGAGCAUGAUGCAGCAGUAUCGCCUCCACGCAGAAGCGCAAUCUCAACAUAUUACAUCUGAAAUGUCAUUUCUCACAUCAGUGCUGUGAUUCCAUGGACUACCUGUGUUCAGACUAGCUGCUCUGCGGGUGGCGGAAACCGCAAGCAUGACUUCCAACACCACAGACAGUGUUUGUGCAUCGGACGACAGGCUGUGCAUCACUCUAAAUUAUGAGCUGGAACUGAUUGUAGUCCCCGCCAUCCUCCUCAUCCUCACCGUCUUCACUGUCCUGACUGUCAUUUUACUGAAAGUCUGUUCUCGGAGAGAGCGGACCCAAGACAGAACGCCACAAUACCUCCAUCAAAGCCACCGCAGGUCAUCACACAGACACCAAAACUCACACAGACGCCACCUGAAAGGAAUCGAUGCACCACCAGGGAUCAACCCUCUGGAACAUGAAGAGGUUCCCAUGACGGUCCAGCAGAAUGUAAAACCGACCCGGGCCGCAGCUCCUCAGAAUCCCACACCGAGGCAGGAGGGAGGCUUUGGUCAUGUCACCGCUCUGCCUGUGCGCUUCUCCAUCAAACCCAAUGAGACCGUCAGCUACUUUAGAGCGCGCAUGGACAACAGGAACGUGGUCCUGAGGGUGCUCAAAGAAAAUCCGAGUAACAGCGAGAAACAAGACUUUAUGGGGUUUGCUUCCUUCCUGUCUAGUCUGGGGCCCCACCCCUUCAUCCCCGCACUGCUGGGCGUUGUGUCGAUGCAGUCGCCUUUAGUUCUGGUGGUGGAGGAGCUGAAGCACAGAGACCUGCUGGGCUUCCUGUGGAGAUGCAGACAGGACAACUCAGGUUGUGAGAUGACGGAGAAGCGAGUCUUCACUAUGGCAGGAAACGUGGCCUCUGCUCUGGAGUACCUUCACAGCCGGCGGUGCAUUCAUGGUAACGUGGGAGCUUGUAGCGUUCUGGUUGGUGCAGACAUGACAGCUAAGCUGUGGGGAUUGGGCCCGGCGUACCGCAGGAGAACCCACGCCGCCUCAACGAAUGCAGUGGAGGAAGUGGGGUUGAAGAAGUGGCAGGCACCUGAAGUCCUGGCCAGGAGUGGGCUGAGUCAGAGCAGUGACAUAUGGUCGUUUGGGAUUCUCCUCUAUGAAAUGGUGACACUAGGUGGUCCACCUUUCGCUCAAGUCCCUGUGACAGAACUGCUGCAGUAUCUCCAGAGAGGAAAGUACCUCAGGCAGCCGUCCACCUGCUCCAGCUCUCUGUACUCAGUCAUGAAGCUGUGUGGCCACUACACCCCCCAGCGCCGCCCAUCUGCAUCCGAGCUGAUUGCAGUUCUUCACACGGGAGAGACAUCAGCUGAUGGGAGGAGGCCCCUAAGAGUUUCAGAACCCCCCAACUUUGACAGAUACAUGAGGGACGCGGGACUGAGAGAAGCGGCCGAUUCGGCCUUUUUGUGAUCCGUUGGGAUCCUUUGAGAACACUUGAAGGAGGUUGUCUGGUGCUGGUGUUUGAUCACUCCCGGAGAAUGAAGUGCACAACAAAUGAGAAGUAUAUUUUUUUAUGAUUCGUCAUGUUUUUGUAUUUUUGUUUGCACAUCGAGAAGACUUGAUUACACUUUUGAAGCACUGUAACUUUAUAUGUACUAUUUAUUAUCUGUAAAUAUUUGAUCAAUGUUUGCUGUUUGAGGUUGAAUGGAUUUAUACAUAAAAAACGUCAAAAUGUUUGAUUUGUUCAGCUUUUAAUUCUAUAAAAAACUAUUAAAUUGACAACAAUGCAAUAAGAUUCAAGCUGCAACCAACUGGAAAAAGGUUGACCAGAAAACUGAGCUACCAUUGUUGUUAGCUUCACCCUGCAUGUGUUGUGAUGGUUCAACUUUGAGUGGAAACGCUUUCCUGAAUUGACUGGUCCAUUUGAUACCGGUACUGUAUUAAAAAUGAGGCUAUAAUUUCUAAGAAGCAGUAAGAGUUCAUUAGAAAUUCA